ACCCCUCCCAGCUUCUGGUCUACAGUCACGGGUCCCCAACGCCGCGUCUUAACCAGGCCCGAACCGACCACCGCCAACCUUCCCUGCCACGCCUUUGCCCCACCCGACCCCGCCCGCCCCCACGUGACGCCCACGCCCCGCCCACUAGCGCCCACGUGACCCACGGUCGUCCCCGCGCGCGGCGUGGAUCGCGGCCGAAGCCGCCAUUGUUCCGCCGAGGGAGGACAGCGGGGCCUGGCGCUGGCGCCGAGACGCCGCUUAGCGGCCGCCACUGGAGGCACUCCCUCCCGCCUCCCGGGUCUCCUGGCGGCGGCGGAGUGAGGCUGACAGCGGGGAACCUGGGAGACCCCUCCGCCCUCCCCGCGGUGGCAGCGGCCGAUCCCUGGCUCCGGCGCGAGGGACGGCCGCGAUGCGCUCGGCCUGAGGUUACCCGGCCCGGCCCUUCCUCGCUUCCCUCGACUAUUCCACUGCGUCUCCGCGCCCCGGCGUCAUCCUGCGAGUCCCUCUGACGGGAGGGAAGAUGGCUGCACGGAGCUGGCAGGACGAGCUGGCCCAGCAGGCCGAGGAGGGCUCGGCCCGGCUGCGGGAAAUGCUCUCGGUCGGCCUAGGCUUUCUGCGCACCGAGCUGGGCCUCGACCUGGGGCUGGAGCCGAAACGGUACCCCGGCUGGGUGAUCCUGGUGGGCACUGGCGCGCUCGGGCUGCUGCUGCUGUUUCUGCUGGGCUACGGCUGGGCCGCGGCUUGCGCCGGCGCCCGCAAAAAGCGGAGGAGCCCGCCCCGCAAGCGGGAGGAGGCGGCGGCCGUGCCGGCCGCGGCCCCCGACGACCUGGCCUUGCUGAAGAAUCUCCGGAGCGAGGAACAGAAGAAGAAGAACCGCAAGAAACUGUCCGAGAAGCCCAAACCAAAUGGGCGGACUGUUGAAGUGGCUGAGGGUGAAGCUGUUCGAACACCUCAAAGUGUAACAGCAAAGCAGCCACCAGAGAUUGACAAGAAAAAUGAAAAGUCAAAGAAAAAUAAGAAGAAAUCAAAGUCAGAUGCUAAAGCAGUGCAAAACAGUUCACGCCAUGAUGGAAAGGAAGUUGAUGAAGGAGCCUGGGAAACUAAAAUUAGUCACAGAGAGAAACGACAGCAGCGUAAACGUGAUAAGGUGCUGACUGAUUCUGGUUCAUUGGAUUCAACUAUCCCUGGGAUAGAAAAUACCAUCACAGUUACCACCGAGCAACUUACAACCGCAUCAUUUCCUGUUGGUUCCAAGAAGAAUAAAGGUGAUUCUCAUCUAAAUGUUCAAGUUAGCAACUUUAAAUCUGGAAAAGGAGAUUCUACACUUCAGGUUUCUUCAGGAUUGAAUGAAAACCUCACUGUCAAUGGAGGAGGCUGGAAUGAAAAGUCUGUAAAACUCUCCUCACAGAUCAGUGCAGGUGAGGAGAAGUGGAACUCCGUUUCACCUGCUUCUGCAGGAAAGAGGAAAGCUGAGCCAUCUGCCUGGAGUCAAGACACUGGAGAUGCUAAUACAAAUGGAAAAGACUGGGGAAGGAGUUGGAGUGACCGUUCAAUAUUUUCUGGCAUUGCUGCUUGGUCUAGUGUGGAUAGGGGAAUGAAUACCUCUGAACAGAAUUCUGCUUCUUUUGCAUCUCUCACACUUAACUCUGCUGUUUCUGGGUCUACUGCUGAGCCAGUUUCUCAGUCUACCACUUCUGAUUAUCAGUGGGAUGUUAGCCGUAAUCAACCCUAUAUCGAUGAUGAAUGGUCUGGGUUAAAUGGUCUGUCUUCUGCUGAUCCCAACUCUGAUUGGAAUGCACCAGCAGAAGAGUGGGGCAAUUGGGUAGACGAAGAAAGAGCUUCACUUCUAAAGUCCCAGGAACCAAUUCCUGAUGAUCAAAAGGUCUCAGAUGAUGAUAAAGAAAAGGGAGAGGGAGCUCUUCCAACUGGGAAAUCCAAAAAGAAAAAAAAGAAAAAGAAGAAGCAAGGUGAAGAUAACUCUACUGCACAGGACACAGAAGAAUUAGAAAAAGAGAUUAGAGAAGAGCUUCCAGUGAAUACCUCUAAAACCCGUCCAAAACAGGAAAAAGCUUUUUCCUUGAAGACCAUAAGCACUAGUGAUCCAGCCGAAGUACUCGUCAAAAAUAGCCAGCCUAUCAAGACUCUUCCACCUGCUACUUCUACCGAGCCAUCUGUAAUCUUAUCAAAAAGUGAUUCUGACAAGAGCUCUUCCCAAGUGCCGCCAAUACUACAAGAGACAGAUAAAUCCAAGUCAAAUACCAAGCAAAAUAGUGUGCCUCCUUCACAGACCAAGUCUGAAACUAGCUGGGAAUCUCCCAAACAAAUAAAAAAGAAGAAAAAAGCCAGACGAGAAACGUGAAAUUUUUUUUCCUGAAUUGGACAUGUGUUUGCAAACACUGUCUUGAAGAUUAUGCUGUUUAUGCAAUAAUUUGUGAACAUGUACAGAGUUUUAUAUAAAUUUAAACCAAUUUUUAAAACAAAACUGCGGACACAACCACCAUAAAAAUGGAAUCAAAAGAAAGUUAAUUUAUGAAAUUAAGAGGUCAGCAGAAUAUACUCAGUGAUGGAAGACACUUGGGAAAGUCUUUUUAAUAGAACAAGAACGAUCUUAAUUUAAGAAUAUUAUCCUGGUUUAACAACAGUGCCCUGUUUACAACAGAUUGUGCCCUAUCUCAUCUGCAGCCGAGGAAUAAAGGAUUCUGAUUAGAAAGGGUUGCCUACAGAUUAGUAAGCAAUUCCUUGGAUCUUAUGCACAGAACUUGUACCAUUUGAAUCUGUUUUAUGCUUAAAUCAAAGUGCUUUGAUCAAAUGCAUAACCUGCCAUAUCUUUACAUAUUUGUUGGUAGCAAUUUGUAUUAAAGAAAUCACAAGUGCAAAUAAAAAGUCAUUUAUCAUUUGUUUAACUAAACUGUCAUGGUUUAGUUUGCAAUUUUUAAAAAGUUCUUAAAAUACUGAAAAUGCAGUUGACACUUGUGUAUGGCUUAUGAAGUUAUUUUUGAUAGUCUUACAUUACUUGAAUUGUUCAAAGUACAGUAUAUUUUAAAUUAAGAAAAGUGAACUAUAUGUAUUUGUUUUAUACAUUUAAGGCUUAGACUCAUAAAUAAUGCUAUUGUUUAUGAUUUGAAAACUUUCAGGCAAAAUCCAAUUUACAUUUUUCCCUUCCCUAGCAAUUACUUUUUUCCAGCUUCAACUCUUCUUAGUUACUAAUACUUUUUUGACUUUAAAAAUGAAAUCAUUCACAAACUUUUGGUAUAUGAUGGAGAAUGAAAAACUAGAGUCAGACAGCUUUAAUUGACAUUGUCAAGACCUCCAGUUAUCAGGAAUACAUUUUUUUACUGCCUUAACCUGUAGUGCGUAGAAUAUGCAUCAAUUUCUUGAAGGGGAUUCAUGUUUUUAUAAGAAUUUUCAUGUAAUUAUUGCAAUUGUGGUCAAAUAAGGAACGUUUCCUGCUUGAAAUUAUAUUGAUUUAAAUGAUGUGUGAGAUGUUUCACCAUUUUCAGGCACUGUGUAAUUCUAUUGUAAUAAACUGGCAGGUAUCUUUGUAACUAUAAAUAGUGCAUGCUCAGCCAUGUACACUGUAAAUAGCCUUUACCAAACGUGUUUGACAAGGACCAUAAUUAACAUCACUUAGUGAAUUGUGAUAAAGAAAAAAAAGCCAUGAUUUAUUCGAUGUGAUUGGCUUGUUUUUAUGUGGCGCCAAGAACGAACCUGUUUAACAGCUGUAACCAAUGGUACUGAUCUAUCCAUCCAAUGUUGUCAUUAUAUUUGACUGUGGUUCAACAGUAUUGCGUUGUCAGACUAGGAAAGCUAAACAAACAAAAUGGUUUUAGUUUUGCUGAAGACUGGCCUUAUUAAUGGACAGCUUUCCUAACAAGAGAUUAUUAACUUUUAUCAGGUGUUAACAUCUGUUUCAGGAACAUGGCAGUAUGUUUACAUGUCAGAAGUUUUGUUUAAUUCUUGGUAUUUCUAAAUUGACUUGUUUAAAUAAAUUCAGCAAAUGGA